AUGGCCAACACGCAUCCAGAUCAAGACCAGGAGCUUAGCACCCCUCGCACCCCUAUUGUCUCUUUCCUUGGCCCUGUUUCUUCUUAUACUCAUCAGGUAUAUACACUUUGUGAUUUUCAGCGUCCCCCAUGGUCCAUUGGACUGACAGAUUACGAUCUUGCUCAGGCAGCACUUGCGUGCUUCGAAUCCGACCAAUACAACUACACGGCUGCUAAGACGAUCACAGAUGUAUUCACAGCUGUGCAAUCUGGGGAAGCAGCCUUGGGAGUUGUGCCAUUCGAGAAUUCGACCAACGGCACGGUGAUCUUCACACUCGAGCUCCUAGCAGAUCGACAUAACCUAUUCCCAGAUAUCACAAUUUGCGGCGAAGCCUACCUUGACGUCAGUCACUACUUGCUCGGCCACAAGCCUUCACGGAAUGCUGCCACGGACUCUCCAGAUGCGUCGGGCGCUUGCACACCAACAAUUUCCAUCCCGGCUCCCGUCCAGCCACGAACGAAACCUUUACGGAGCCUAAAACAUAUCGAGCGCCUCUAUACCCACCCGCAAGCAUGGGGACAGUGCGAGAUAUUUCUGGGGGCAUACUUGAAGGGCAUUGAGCGGAUAGACGUCAGUUCCACAAGCCGGGCAGCAGAGCUAGCGAAAGAAGAUACCACCGGAACAAGCGCUGCAAUUGCAAGCAGUCUAGCAGCUAAGGUCCAUGACCUAGAUAUCCUUGCAAAAGGUAUCGAGGACCGCGAAGAUAACACUACCAGAUUCUUCAUCCUGAAGAAGGGCAUCGAUGAGGAGGCAGUCGAGGAAAAGGUAUUUGUUGAGAAGCCACCCACCACGACAAUCAAGACGAAGUCCCUCAUCUCUUUCACAAUUGACCAUCGAUCUCCUGGCGCCCUUGCCCAAGUCCUCGACUGCUUCAGGGGCUAUGCUCUGAACUUGACCAGCAUAAAUAGUCGACCUUCCAAAGUGAUACCAUUCCAAUAUAUCUUCUUCGUCGAAUUUGAGGGGAGCAAACUGGACGAUCCAUCCGGUAGAGUGAAAGGAGCUUUGGCCUGCGUGGCAAAACUAGUGCAAAGCUGGAGAUGGCUGGACUUGGGUUUGGGAUUUGAUAUAAAGGAGCUCCAAGAGAGCAAGGAGGAAAUGGUGGAUAAGAUCUCCGGUGAUCGGACUGGCAGAGGAUGGCUUAUCGAUAAGGAAAUCAGGAAAUUCAACAGCCGAGGCCGCUCAUUAGCUCAGAGCAGCCGAGUACAAUCCUCAACACAAGCCGGUCUGGUUGAGUCGGUCACGUCCCGUCCUGCAAAUUAUGUCUAUGACUAUCUAUCGCCCACAAACUCUCAUCUUCUCAAUAUAAGCCUGGCGGAUUUCUUGCCGGAAAAAUGUUACCCCUCCGGAUUCAAGACAUCGGACCUCACCCUUCCAGCUGCAAAGCCGGACGGGGGCCCUAGUGCAGCACCAACUUUACCUCAGGGACACCAUCUGGUAUACUUCCCACCCCAGAUUCGCAGCUGCGAUCUCCUUCCAGAUGGUACGGAUCCGCUACAGUCCCCGGGCCCUCCAUAUGUCCGGCGAAUGUGGGCUGGUGGUUCGCUGGUAUUCCAAAGAGGAGGCGACCGCCAAAUCAAGCUUAAUGCCACGAGGGCGGUCUGCAAAGAAAAGAUCACCGAUGUUGUGAUCAAGGGGCAAGAUGAAAAUGAGAAGGUGUUUGUGACUAUUGAGAGGCGUGUCGGCCUUCUGUCUGAGUCGGGAUCGACUGCUAAAUCAUCUGGUGAUCUCCCGACAAUUACUUUUACGUUGGAGAAGAGGAAUCUCGUUUUCAUGAAGGAGAAGACUUCUGCGGCUGCGAAAAAGGAUGCUGCCCGUCCUGAUAAGAUAGUGAAACCCAUCCAUACGCCAGAUGUCCGGAUCCCCAUCACCCCCAGUGCAUCUCUCUUAUUCCGCUUCUCUGCCCUCACCUUCAACGCCCAUGGCAUCCAUCUCGAUCCCGAGUACUGCCGUACGAUAGAGGGACAUCGAAAUCUACUCGUCCAUGGCCCACUCUCGCUCGUUCUCAUGCUGUCAGUACUCCGGUCGCAGCUUAAGAGCGAUGAGAUGAUCUUGAAGUUAGAUUAUAGAAAUCUGGCGCCAUUAUAUGCAACUGAAACUCUGAACGUUUGUGCGAGAAGAGACCCGGAAAAGAAAGAUCAGUUUGAUCUUUGGGUUGAGGGAAGCGGAGGCGGAUUUGCUGUUAAAGCUACUGCUCUCAUUGGAAAGGCGGGGACCAAUGAGGGUUUUGAAGGCUCGGAAGCUUUGGACAAGUUCUAG